CGGGGCGGGGCGCGUAGCCCAAACAAAGCCGACACCGCCCGUAGACGACGUGCGUCGUUCUCAGACUUGUGGUAGCAUCAAGCGACGAGCAGUAAGCACUGGCAUCGUUGUAUUACUGUUGCGGACAGCGGUACUCAGUAACAUUCACGACUCGUCGCUGUCUCAUACUCUCGUGGUUGACGGUUAAACUGCCGCGUUAAAGAUCGAAAAGAAUUCAUUAUUAUUGUUUUUUUUUCAAUAAUCUCGCCUCAGCCGUUCGCUUUUUUACACACGGUAUCGUCUUGGUCGUCGCCCGGUAAUUAUUAUGGUCGUACACCACAGCGCAACGUCCGUCAGCAUGGAGGUGGAUCCGCCUCGGAACGCCAACAGCCCGGACGACCCGAAAACCGCUAACGGCUCGUCGGAGAACGAGAAGGCCGAGGACUCAGAAUCGUCGGAAGACAGUUGUCGGCCGCUGGACGUGGGUGAACACUACUUGGUCCGCCGGUACGACGACUCAUGGCAUCCUGCUGAAGUUUUACAUACAAGGUUCAAUGAUGCAGAAAAUCUUUUUGAGUAUUAUGUACACUAUGAAGGGUACAAUCGAAGAUUGGAUCAAUGGGUACCAAGGGAUAGGAUAAUGAAUUCAAGAUUUGAUAUUUCUGAAAAAAAUUGGAAACAGAAGGAUGUGAAUAAAAAUCUAGAUCUUCUAAAUCAGUCUGACAGAAAGAUAACAAGGAACCAAAAACGAAGACACGACGAGAUAAAUCAUGUUCCAAUGUCAUAUGCAGAAAUGGAUCCAACUACAGCUGCAUUGGAAAAAGAGCACGAAGCAAUAACUAAAAUUAAAUACAUCAAUAAAGUACAGUUGGGAAAGUACGAAAUUGACACAUGGUAUUUUAGUCCAUUUCCAGCAGAAUACCAAAAAGAAUCUAAAAUUUGGAUUUGUGAAUACUGUUUGAAAUACAGCAAACUAGAAAAAUCAUUCAAAUACCAUAUGAGCCAAUGCACAUGGAGACAACCACCCGGUGUUGAAGUGUAUCAUAAAGGAUCAUUAUCAAUCUGGGAAGUGAAUUCCAGUCAACACAAAAUGUAUUGUCAGAAUCUUUGUCUAUUGGCAAAGUUAUUUUUAGAUCAUAAAACACUCUACUUUGAUGUUGAACCAUUUUUGUUUUAUAUCCUUUGUGAAGUUGACAAAGUUGGUGCACAUUUAGUUGGAUAUUUUUCAAAAGAAAAAGAUUCACCAGAUUGCAACAAUGUAGCUUGUAUAUUAACAAUGCCGCCAUUCCAGAGACAGGGCUAUGGUAAACUUCUAAUAGCGUUCAGCUACGAAUUGAGCAAGUUAGAAGGACUUGUAGCCAGUCCUGAAAAGCCAUUGAGUGAUCUUGGUAAAUUGUCAUACAGAUCUUAUUGGUCAUGGAUACUGUUGGAAAUUUUGAAGAAUGCCUGUGGAUCUUUAUCAAUUAAAGACUUAAGCGCGAUGACUAGUAUCACCCAAACAGACAUCAUUUCAACAUUGCAGUCUAUGAACAUGGUGAAGUACUGGAAAGGCCAACAUGUAAUUUGUGUGACGCCUAAGAAUGUUGAACAGCUGGUUAGUUCGGAGCAGUAUAAACGACCAAGAUUCAUAUUAGAAGGAAGUGCAAUCAAAUGGACGCCAAAAAAGUACAACCCUCGCCCAGGACCAUCUAGGCAUUCAAGAUCCCAAUAUUUAGCUGGAUAAAGAAAUAGGUGCAGAUCCUGUGAAAUUAUUAACAUUACCUAGUAGUCAUUUAAGAUUUACCUAAUGUAAAUAGUUAAAACUUUUUUACAUAUAUAUUUAAAUAUAUAUUUUGGGAAGGUUUAAAUGACAAGGGCUAACAUCAGUGUUGCUGUUCGUUGAGGACUUAUGGAUUAUUCACAACAUACAUUAAGUUAAAAAAUAUAUUUUUUCUCGGACUAUAUUAUGUAUCCGACUAUUGUUAGACUGUUAAUGAGUGGUGUUGUAAAUGAUUUAUGGCGAACGCAAUUGAUGUGAACAGCCAUCAGUCUUUCAAAAAUUGUGGUUGUUCCCCAAUACCCUAUGGUGUUAGUCUUGCGUAGAUACACUUAUUAUUAGGGUUUAGCAUGAUAAUGUGUUUGCUAUUUUAAUUAAAUACCAUAUUAUAUUGUCCCUUGUCAUGCCUUUUCAUCAUGUGAUAGUAUUUUAUUUUUGACUUUUCCAAGUACACGCAUAAGACAUAAGUUGACAUUAUAAUUAUCUCAUUGUAUUUCAAUAAUUUUCUAUUUUAUAUCUUUUAUAUUUCAUUGAUUAAUGUGAAUGUGCUUAUGUUUUAGCGUAAACGAAAUAUAAUAAAUACAAACUUACAAUACCUUUGGCAUUUAAUUUUAAAUAUGAGUUUCAGAUUAUUAUAUUAUACUUAAAUAAUAAAAAUAUUAAGUAUAAAUAAUUUCCUGUAGCAGGUCAUUGGUUUCUUUUUUUCAAAUUCAUACAUUUAUCGAUAUCUACUGUUAGCUGUACAGUAGCAAGAGUAAUGUUUGAUACUUAAUGUAAACAUUUAAGUGAAUCAAUUGCUUGCUUAAUGUUGACAUUGGCUAAAAACCAUUCUAUAAAUGUAAUUUACGAUUUGAAUAAUAUUCAACUGUGAAAUUGUGUAAAGUAAAACUUAAGAUUCAUAGUAAAUUUAUAUUAUAUAUUAUUCAUGAUUAUGAUAAAAAUAAUAUAUUAUUAAUUAUUACACUGUAUUUAACUAUUUUAGUAUUCAGCUGUUGGUGCAAAGUGAACCUAUUAUUAACUAAUGUUAUCGCAUUUAUUAUUAUAUUCCAAUAGGUUUUGUUGACAUGGUUUAUGUUUGUAGACAGUUAAAUUACUUUCUAUACCUAUUUUUUUGUACUGUCUGUGAAAACUUAAGUUUUUAUAAGAAAUUUAGUAUAAAAAUUAGAUAAUGUGGAAGUAGUUGAUGCUUAUGUAUACAAUAGCUUAAGCAGAUUUAAUAUAUUUAGUUCACUGUUGAUAAAAAUACUAUGAUAUAUAUUUAGUAUACCUACUUCAGUUUGUACUAGAUGGGUAAUAUUAAUAAUCCUAUAUUUUAUAAUUGCCUAAUAGAAAUGUUCAAAUGUGUAAUCAACUAAGAAUACUAAAGAAUUUGUUUUACUUGUCCAUCAUUUUUCCUAAAAUUUUAAAUACAUGGCCAUUUCAAUAUUAUUUCUAUACCUAUAUUAUUAUUUUUAUUAUUAUUGAUGGAUAAUCAUCUAUGUUUAUCUUUAGGUUUCAAUAUAAUAUUAUAUUAAUGAACAAU